AGUUUUGUUUUGUCAGUAAAAUCAGCUCUCAAUGUGCCAAACCUUAGAGGAAAAACAACACAGCAGGUUUUUGAAAGGCCGUUUUGAAGCAGACCAUACUUUUAAUCUGGAGACAGAUUUUCUACGCAAGAGAAGAAUAGAAGGGUUUCUGCAGCAAAAAUCUUUAGUGAAAAGCAGAGGAGUGACAAGCAACGACCAGCAAGAUUCCAAGCAAGUACAGGGCUGUGCUUUCUCUGCUAAGUGGCUUAUGAAGUGCUCCUAAUUUCUUUUGAAAAAGACGACUGCAUCAUGAGGACAACUGCCCAACUGCCUGAAGAGAGCGCACGACCAUUGAAUCCAAACAGAAAGCAAGUUGUGGUUCCAAAGCCAGGGCGGCACAGAAGACCCAUGACGGCUGUAAAAUCCCAGACAGAGAAGACUACUAAGAGAAAGAAAGUGUGGCUCACCAUCCUGGCUGUGGUGGUGUGUCUUGCUAUACUGGCAACAGCAGCAUAUUUCAUCAAAGUUCUCAUAGACAGCAAGUACUUUUUUUGCAAGCGCUCAUUUAAGUUCAUCCCCAUUGACCAAGCCUGUGAUGGGAAGAGUGACUGUGCAGGAGGGGAAGAUGAAGUUACCUGUGUGUCAACAUUUACAGUCAACAGCACGUUUCCAGUGAGGCUGUUGACGGCCAAGAGUGUCCUGCAGGUAUACAGUUCUGGCACAGGAUGGAGAAGUGUUUGUACCGAUGGCUGGACUGCAGAGCACACACAAACUGCAUGUAAACAACUGGGAUACACAAAUAAACCAAGCAGCAGUAAUGAGCCAGUAGGAACGCUCCCAGUACAGUACAGAGUGGGGCCAUUCACAGCAGUCAGACCUGGAACUGGAAAUACCCCAGUUCAUCAGGCUACAAACACCCGAAGCAGUGUGUGCCAAACAGGCUCUGUGGUGUCUCUGUCAUGUUCAGACUGUGGGAAGGUAGACUCUCGGGAGCGAAUAGUCGGAGGCACAGACACGGUGAUUGAAGAGUGGCCGUGGCAGGUGAGCCUGCUGCAGAGCGGACAGCACACGUGCGGGGGCGCGCUCGUGGCUCCACAGUGGGUCAUCACAGCAGCUCAUUGUUUUUCUGGAAGUAAAAAUGAGCUAAGUCGCUGGAAAGUCGUAUCGGGACAGACGUACCUCGGGUCACUGGGAGGUUCCUCUGUGGACAGGAUCAUCAUCAAUGGACAAUACGACAAUGCUCGAAAUGAUUACGACAUAGCCAUAAUGAGACUCCACAGCCCCUUAUCAGUAGGAGAGUCUCGCAGGCCUGCUUGUCUACCACCAAAAGCUUUUGGCCUCAAUGAUGGAGACAUGGUGGCUGUAACAGGUUGGGGUUACCUAGAGGAAGAUGGUAAGGUUUCCUCUAGACUUCAACAGGCUGCCAUUCCACUGAUAGAUCGGACCAAAUGCUCCAGUCCUUAUGUUUACGGUAGUGCCAUAACAGAGCGAAUGCUGUGUGCGGGAUACCUGGAAGGGGGCGUGGAUGCUUGCCAGGGGGACAGUGGGGGACCAUUGGUGCACAUCAGCUCUACUAAAUACUACCUGGUAGGAGUGGUGAGUUGGGGAGUGGGCUGUGCCAGGAGGGGGAAACCAGGUGUAUACUGUGAUGUGGAAGAGAUGACGAAUUGGAUCAGAACAGUCAUUGAGAAAAAUCCUUGAUAAACUACUUUUGUUGCCCCGGUUGUGAAUCCAUUGCAACAUUUCAUUCAUUCAGCAGAAAAAAACUUUAUCGCUUGUUACUGUACACAUUUUAUUUGCCAUGACAUAAUUUCUCAGGGGAGAUGUGUUGUUUUUCAGAGGCUCAUCAAAUGAAACUAGGUGAGAUUUAGUGUCUCAACAUUUUACGACAUUCACAUUUGAUCACAAACAUUUCUGCACUUAUGGCCAAGCUUAGGAUCAUUGAUGCUUUGGCAGAAACAAAAUAACUGAUGCCAAUUGUGAUGCUAUUAGGUUUCUGUGUACCUUAUAGCAACCUUAUAUGAGCACUUUACAUGAGCCAUGAAUUACUUGAUUGUACUGCUUGUGUUCUUAAUAUGCACUGAGGUUUACAUAUUUAAAAUGUUUGCCAUGUUUUAGAGUGCAAUGAAUAGCUUCAGAACAGGAGUUCUGUGCACUGAACAUUUGCCAUGUGCCUUUAGGAAUAUCAGUAAUAACAUGUAAAUGUUGUAUAUCCACUUGUAAAUUAUUAUGAAUAACUUAAAAGGAAAUGUAAAGUAUUGUUAACUACAAAAUGCUUGGACAAACAGAUGUUUUAGGUUUACAUGUUAAAUGUUUUUGUAAAUACUUUUUUCUUAAAAAUGUAAAUACUGUGAUGUGAUGAUAUGUGCUUAUGCUUUUUUUUGGCUACUCUCAGAAUAAAACAUUAAUUU